AUUCCUCAUUCACACUGUGUGCGUUCUGAGUACAGUGUUUAUUCGAACUGCCAUAUAAAUGGUACAUAAUUGUCAGAAAUAUCACCAUAACAACUGUCACAGGUCAGACAGCAGAAGGACAAAGUUAUAAACACGCAUACUAGCAUGGUAUUGCAACAAACUAACUAGAAAGAAGUGUGAUUUAAAGAGUUAUAAAUGACAUAUAUCGCGUGUCCAUGAUGACAUCCUAAUUGAAGGUAUAGUGAUGGCCCAGUGACAUAUAAAGGACCAAAACCGUCGGACAAAACAGUACGGCCCUACUGAUCCUUACAGCCUUGACAUGACCAAGCCUGGAUUAACCCUUUCAACCUAAGACAUUGAGCCACCAGAUCCGUUCUCGGGGAGCUGAUACGGACGAACGGACACACAUGAUAAUACAGAUGCAAAUGCUUCACCAGACUGUCCUGUUCCAUGACGACCAGGAGUACCACGACUAUAAGAUGAGGGAUUAUCAUCGACCUUCGUUAGACAGUAUAUCUGAAAACAACGAUGAUAAUAACAACGAAAACAGCAAAAACUGUAGUAGCUCGUCACUUCUGGUGAACCCGCUGAUCACGAUAACCGGAUGUGACGUAGAGAACGAUAACGGAAACGGGAGUGCGUCAAAUAGUACUUCUCCAGUGAACAAUUUAACCGGAAGUGAUUCUGAUCUCAGUCGUUUGAAAUCAACCGCCACGAGACUUAGACUAGGCACGAGAAGAGCUAGUUAUGUAGAGUGGCGGGAAAAAUAUUUAGAUCGUCCUCGGCGAAGAUCCAAACCGGAUUUAAAAUUGGAUUUCGACGAAAAUGGAAAUGACAAUGAUAAAUUAACAGAUGAACGGAAAGAACGAAUAAAUGACGCUCUGGAAUGGCUGAGGACGGAAUUGGAGGAAAUGCGCUCUCAGGACCAGGCGUUGGCAAGGACGCUCCUGUCAUUACGUCAUGACAUCCACCAAUUAAAACUCCAGAGGAGUUGUGACGCUCACAAGGACAUGUUGGAGGAGGUGAAACUCGAUAUGGAGGACAUGCAGGAAAUACGCGAUAUUUCCGACAGUCCCUCUGACGUUCUGGAAAACCCCUUCAAACAUUUGGGAGUGACUCCGAUGAAUUUGUCCGCACGGAGAUUUUCAAUAUUUUGAUGUUAUUCUUAUCGUUUAAUGGUUGUGAUUUAUUCCUGAAAUAAUGGCGGUCGCUCGUUUAAUUCUGUCAGUUGAAUCAACCGACAAAAUCCGGAAACAGGAAUAUUUUCGGGGAGAUUAUCUUGUAACGGAACUUGAUGGUCUAAUUAUAGAUAUUAUAGAUAGAACAAUACACAAAACACAUUGUAUGAUCAUAUGGAAUUCGGUUUUAUCUUCUCUAUGUAUGGGCGCCGUUUUUUUUUUUUUUUAUCUCCUGUAUGUAUGGGCGCCAUUUUACAUUUUUAUUCUUUUUAAUUGAUAUGCCUUCCUUGUUUGGGUGAUAACAUUUUCAUCAGUAGUCUCUUGAGUGAAUAAUUGUUUACGUUGUAAUCUAUUUCAGGGAAGAUCUGCUUGCAUUCACUUAUAUUUUACAAUAGACUAGACUAGACAGGCAUUGGGCGGAUCAGGAACUUUUAUAUAAUUAUAUCAAUACGAACUUCUGUAGAAAUGGAACUGUUGUCACAAUUCAUUGAUUAAAUUAUUAUUUACAUGUACACUGUAUGCUGUAUAUUUGAUUCCGGUGUAAAGGAUCUUAAUUGAUCCCGUACUUGUUAUAAACUUAACUUAUAAUAUUACUAUUAUAGUCUUUUGAUUUCGGUCGAUACGUUGUUUUGUUAACAAGAUAUUUUCCCCGAGGUUAAUAAAAUCAUGUAUCAACCUUAUCAAAAGGCUGUAAUUGUUAUAAUAACGUUACUGUUUCAGUGAUAUCAUUAAGAUAGAAUAAACAGUAAAACUGCUCCUUAUAUAUAAAUUGUAUGUGUGUUUUAUGUGAGGGUCAUUCUAAGUGCCUGUGUGUUCAACACUUUAUCGCAACAAGUCUCAUUUUGGUACUAUUUUAAUAAGGCGGGAUGUAUAUGGGUGCAUCCUUCUGUCUAUCAUAUAUGCACGCAUGUUCGCGUACCUAUAUAUGUGUAUGUAUGCAUGCAUGUGUGUCCAUAUAUAUGCAUUUAAGCAUAGCCUGCUGUUCAAAAUUUAGGGUGUAAUUCUGUUAUCUCACAGUUGUAAGUUUUUCCGUAUACCGUACAUUAUUUUAUGUCUGAUAAUAAUAAAUGUCUAAUGAAUAAUUUACGAUACCCAAGGAUGUAUCACUCUCCACAAUAUCACUUAGUGUAUAUAUGUAUGCGGUAAAAAUCUGAUUGGCUGAGAGGCCAAAGGAAUAAACGAAUUGAACUGGAUAGGGAUUAUUGAGGAGGGUGAAUACGUAAUUGGACUGUCUUUGUUUAGAUAGGGAGUUAUUUGUAGAAUGUAUUGACAAUAGUCUAAAUUACAGCAAUUUCACUACAAUUCGGAUGAAAUUCGCGUAAUUUGAAAUAAAUCCUUAGCAGCUAUCAUCAGUUAGACGUGUAUCAACUAAUGCAGUGUAUAUGGAAAUAAGUACUUAUUGUCUUUAGUGAAUAAUGUGUGUGGUUUAAAGUAUACUUAAAAUGGCUGAAUAAUAACUGAUACUAUUAUGCAAUAUGACGAUUUCUAAUUUUAACAUGUGAGUGUGUAUAAGUGGCGGGAGAAAAAGAGUGGUCGGAACACAUGCGCGUGAGAGUCUAAGGAACGACAACUCUAUGAACUUUAUUGUGUGAAUGCUCUGUUAUUAAAUUAGAUCAUUUAAAUGUGUUCUGUUUAAUCAAGAAAAUCCUUGAUUCCACAAAUAACAAUAAACUGUGGAAUAUUGUCCAGAUCAUACGUUUAUUAGGGGUAGUACACAUAUAAUUUAUGAAAUUGUCGAGCAAUACAAAAAAAUUAUACUGGAAAAAA